AUGGGGCUAAAAUUACCCCCAAAAUUCCCAAAUCCACCCUUGUCGACACUCGCCCCCUCUUUCUCUCCUCUCUCUCCUCUCUCUCUCUCUCUCUCUCUCUCGCUCGCGCGCGCGAGUUCGAGCGAGAGAUCUCUCCUCGCGCUCUUGGAUUUGCGGCGAAUUUGUGCCCUAGAUCUCUACGCGACCCCGGGGAUUCGCGAGUCUCCCACCGAAUCUCCCCGGAUCUGAGGGUUUUGGGGAAGAGAUGGGGGCGAGCGCGGAGGCGUUCGACGCCUACUUCAAGAUGGCGGAUUUGGAUCGCGAUGGGAGGAUCAGCGGGGCCGAGGCGGUGGCGUUCUUCAAGGGAUCCAAUUUGCCCCAGCAAAUCCUCGCUCAGAUCUGGACGCAUGCUGAUCGUAAUCGAACUGGUUACCUUGGUCGCGAAGAGUUCUAUAAUGCAUUGAAACUUGUAACAGUGGCACAAAGGGGGCGGCAAUUAACUCCAGAAAUUGUCAAGGCAGCCUUAGUUGGUCCAGCUGCUGCUAAAAUCCCUGCACCACAGAUAAAUCUUCCUAGUCCUAUGGUUCAGAUGAACAGUGUUCUCACUUCGACACCUUCUACUCAAUUAAAUGUGCCGGGAGCUCAAUUAAAUGCGCCGGGAGCUCCUGCUUCACAAUUAAAUGUGCUGGGAGCUUCUGCUCCUCAAAACCCUGGCUUUAUGGGGCAGCAGUUUCCUUCAGCCAGUCAUUUGAUGAGACCACCUCAACCCACAGCGGUUCUUACUUCAAUACCAAUGCAAGGUAUUGACCGCAAACCACCUUUGGGAGAUAACUUGGCAGGGCAGAAUAUCCCUAAUUCAAGUAUGCCAAAUGUAUCAACUGACUGGCUUGGUGGUAGGAAUGGUGGAGCUUCUCUUGGGGGAACUCCACAAGUUGCUAAUAGAAGUGUUACUCCCCCGGUGAACCAUGAUAGUUUUGGUUUAUCACAUUCAGGUUUAGCCCCUGUGGGAAGUCUCAACUUACAAACACCAUCUGGUACAGCAGCUCCUCAAGUGGCUGCAAAGGAUUCAAAAGCUCUGGUUGUGUCGGGAAAUGGCUUUCCAUCUGACUCGUCUGUUGGUGGGGACCUAUUUUCUGCAGCUCCACAAGCAAAGAAAGACUUACCUUCACAAAACUUUGCUGCUAGUAGUGUGCCUCAUUCCGCCAAUGAUGCCUCUUCUGUGGUUUCUGGGUCCCAGUAUCCUGUUAAGCCAAGGCAACUUGAUCAGUUGCAGAGUCCACCAUCACUUCUAGCUGUUGACAGCCAGUUGCAGAAGAAUCAGUCACUAGUCAACCCAAAUCAAAUGAAUGUUGUACAAAGCACUUCAGCAAUGCAUGUGUCUAGCCUUCCAGCUGGACCUGUUGGUGCUAAUUCCAGUACUCAACAGCUUUCAUGGCCUAAAAUCACUCAAACUGAUAUUCAAAAGUACACAGCUGUUUUUAUUAAGGUAGACAAAGAUAGAGAUGGAAAAAUCAGGGGCGAUGAGGCACGCAAUCUGUUCCUCAGUUGGAAACUACCCAGAGAGGUCCUGAGGCAGGUAUGGGAGUUAUCUGACCAGGAUAAGGAUGGUAUGCUAUCACUCCGAGAAUUCUGUACUGCUGUGUUUCUAAUGGAGAGAUCUCGAGAAGGGCGCCCUCUUCCAGCGGUGCUUCCAAAUGACAUUUGGUCUGAUGGGGUCUCAUUGCCUUCUACUGGUCAAUUUGCUCCUACUUAUAGUGCUCCUGCCUGGCAACCAAGUCCUGGAUUAUCUCCUCAAGGAAUCCAAGGACCACCGACUACUAUCCCUGUCACUUCAAUGAAGCCACCUGCACGAACUCCUAUUCCUAAUGAAAGUGAUAGCACAACACAGCCAGCACCCCAAAAGCCUAAGAUUCCUGUCUUGGAGAAGCAUUUGGUUGAUCAACUCAGUAAGGAGGAGCAGAGCGCCUUGAACUCCAAGUUCCAAGAGGCAGCGGAUGCUGACAAGAGAGUUCAAGAGUUGGAGAAAGAAAUCUUGGAUACUAAAGAGAAAAUCGAGUUUUAUCGCACUAAGAUGCAAGAACUGAUUCUUUACAAGAGUAGGUGUGACAACAGGCUAAAUGAAAUCUUGGAAAGGGUUUCUGCUGAUAAACGUGAGGCACAAUCUCUAGGAAAGAAGUAUGAGGAGAAAUGCAAGCAACUUGGAGAUGUAGCAUCAAAACUAACAAUAGAAGAGGCUACUUUUCGGGCAAUUCAGGAGAGGAAACUGGAGUUAUAUAAUUCUAUAGUCAAACUGCAGAAAGAUGGAAGUUCUGAUGAUUCUCUUCAGGAUCGCGCUAAUCAGAUACAAUCUGAUCUCGAGGGGCUUGUGAAAUCUCUGAAUGAGCAAUGCAAGCAAUAUGGAUUGCGGACUAAGCCAACUACUUUAGUAGAACUUCCUUUUGGGUGGCAACCUGGCAUUCAAGAAGCAGCUGAUGAUUGGGAUGAAGAUUGGGACAAAUUCGGGGAUGAUGGCUUUGCAAUUAUAAAGGAACUUACUGUUGAAAUUGAAAAAAUUACUCCCCCCAAAAAAGAGAGUCCGCCAACCGCUCUGAGUGAUAAACCCUCUAGUAAAGAGGAAUCCCCAGUUGCAUCAACCCCCACUGUGGAGAGUAAGAGUGAGAUGCCUCCUAUUACAGAGAGGCCAGCGGAAAAUGACUCAGUCCACGGCCACAGUGAAGAUGAGUCAGCUAAAAGUCCUCCUGGUAGUCCUGGAAGAGAUGCUUCGGUUAAUCAUUCUGAUGAAAUUCAUUCAACACAAUCUAGAAUGUUUGACGUCUCACCCCGCGCGAGUGAGAGUAUGAGCGAUCAUGGUUUUGCUGAAUCCUCUAUUUCUGGGGACAAGUUUGCUGAUGAUCACUUUGGAGGUCCAACAUUCGAUUAUGGCGACGAUGCAGAUUCUGUUUGGGGCUUUAAUCCAAAGGACGGUGACGAUGAUAAGAGCAAAAACAGUUUCUUCUUUGGUUCGGCCGACCUCUUCCCAAUCAAGACGAAAACAGACUCUCCCACUGCAGCUAGCGUAUAUGGCAGGGAGCAAAAACCCUUCUUCGACUCUGUUCCAAGCACUCCAGCUGGCGUAUAUGGCAGGGAGCCAAAAACCUUCUUCGACUCUGUUCCAAGCACUCCAGCUAGCGUAUAUGGCAGGGAGCAAAAAACCUUCUUUGACUCUGUUCCAAGCACUCCAGCAUACAACUCCGUCUUUUCACCGCGGUUUAGUGAAGCGGGCGAUGACCACUCCUUCGACAACUUCUCCACUUUUGACUCCUUUGGUACGAACGAGAACAGCUUAUUCAACAGCAACAGCGGAAGCUUCGCACGGUUCGAUUCUUUUCGCAGCACAGCCGACAGCAGUUUCCCUGAUCCAUCACCUUUUGCGAGGUUCGAUUCAUUCCGCAGCACCGCCGAUCACGGAGGUCGGCCUGAGACUUUUACGAGAUUCGAUUCGAUUCGCAGUACAAGCGGGCACGGUAGUGGUUUCCCGUCAUUCGACGAUGCCGACCCCUUUGGAACGGGGCCGUUCAAGAUCUCGGAUACCCAUAGCCCGAGACAGGGAACUGAUCACUGGAGCGCAUUUUGAUCGGUGCUACCACUUUUGUUGGAGGCUUUUGCUCUGCGGCGUAUUAGUGCGAGAUAUAAACAUUUGGGGAGCAAGGUGUUUGGUUUUCUUCUGUGCCAUAAAUCUAUGAAGAUGCUUUUCGUCGUAUGCUUGGGAGUAGUUUCCUUUUCCUUUGUAUGCGGGCUUCACGGCCUUUGCAUUUGUCUUGUCAAGUGAUGAGUGUAUAAAACUUAGUUAUAUCUUUCCUUCUACAUAUUCCAUUCACUCUGUGAUGUAUGAACAUUCUUUAUACCCCUGGACUAUAUUUUUUCUGUGAAUUAAUGUGAGAAGAUAUACUGUUUUGCGAA